AUGGAUUCGAUCAGCUCCCCAGUCACAAGCACAAAAAGUGAAGAAGUUAACAAUGGUGAAGAAGAGAUUGGUACUCUUUUUGGUCAGUGGCCCUCCUAUGGAUAUGAAACCAUGGACGCGGUUGGAAUUGGGAAGGAUAAUGCAGCGGCUGGUUUGCAGGUUCCUGAGCGUCGUUUCGUUUCUGUGCCUUCUGGAAGCAAACGGUGGCAUCAGGCAGCUCCGGACAGUGUCGCCUCCGCACUCAGUUCCCCGGAGCAGUCACCGGCAGGGCGGAAAGUUGUCCCGUCCCAGCGCGGAAGCCACCGGGACUCCGGAAUCCGGCUCACACCCUCGAUCCGGCGUCAUGGUGAUCCGCUUCCCAGUGUAGAUAUUAGUUUCAGACCAGUGUCUUCCAGGGAAUCUGACACCAAGUCCAGCAACAGACCAUCGUCAUCACCCUCCGAUUUCCUCGACAAACUGAUGGGGAAGACCUCGGGCUACGACGCACGGAUCCGGCCCAAUUUUAAAGGUCCUCCAGUGAAUGUCACUUGCAAUAUUUUCAUUAACAGUUUUGGUUCAGUGACUGAAACGACCAUGGAUUAUAGACUCAACGUCUUCUUACGCCAAGAGUGGAAUGACCCUCGGUUAGCGUACAGUGAGUACCCUGAUGACUCCCUUGACCUUGAUCCUUCCAUGUUGGACUCCAUCUGGAAGCCAGACCUGUUUUUUGCCAACGAGAAAGGGGCCAAUUUCCACGCAGUGACAACAGACAACAAACUGCUGCGGAUCUUCAAAAAUGGCAACGUGUUGUACAGUAUCAGGCUCACAUUAAUCCUCUCAUGCCCCAUGGACUUGAAGAAUUUCCCCAUGGAUGUCCAGACAUGUGCCAUGCAAUUAGAAAGCUUUGGUUACACAAUGAAUGAUUUGAUAUUCCAGUGGCUGGGGAAGGAGUCAGUCCAGGUAGCGGAGGGUUUAACACUGCCACAGUUUAUCCUGAAUGAUGAGAAAGACCUGGGAUAUUGCACCAAGUACUACAACACAGGCACGUUCACCUGCAUUGAGGUCAAGUUCCACUUGGAGAGGCAGAUGGGUUAUUACCUCAUCCAGAUGUACAUACCCAGUCUCCUCAUUGUCAUCCUAUCCUGGGUCUCUUUCUGGAUCAACAUGGAUGCUGCACCAGCACGGGUUGGUCUUGGGAUCACCACAGUCCUCACCAUGACGACACAGAGCUCAGGUUCCAGAGCUUCACUCCCAAAGGUCUCCUAUGUUAAAGCCAUCGAUAUUUGGAUGGCUGUCUGCCUCCUAUAUGUCUUUGCCGCACUACUUGAAUAUGCAGCGGUCAAUUUUGUAUCCCGACAGCACAAGGAAUUCAUGCGGCUUCGGAAAAAGCAGAGGCGAAGACAGAUUCAGGAAGAGGACCAGCAGAGGGACAGCCGUUUCUACUUCCGUGGCUAUGGCCUGGGGCAUUGUGUGCCAAUGAAGGACAAUGUGGAGCUGGACGGGACCAGCCCAUUCAACUCUCAACCUCCCCCACCCAGAGACACAGAGUCCAUCCGACAGAGGUUUUUGGACAGAGCAAAACAGAUUGACAGGAUAUCCCGUGCCAUCUUUCCACUCACAUUUCUUGUAUUUAAUAUUUUUUACUGGCUCACAUAUAGAAUCAUCCGUCAUCGGGAUAUCCAUGAGGUUUAA